UUUCGUACUCGUCCGUCACUAAUGAAGUUAUUUAUUUGCAAUUGAAAACUUUAAUCAGUGAGAGGGAAAUUCUUAAAAGUGGUAUUUAGAAGAGUUUUAUAAUUAGUAAAAAUCUAACUUCCAAACAAAGGAAGCUGUAAUAUGUCAAAAGAUGAUAGAGAGUUAGAUUUGUCCAAUGCGGGACGAGGAGUUUGGUUGGUUAAAGUCCCGAAAUAUAUUGCUCAGAAAUGGUCUAAAGCGCCUUCAAAUAUGGAUGUGGGGAAGUUACGCAUUAGUAAAACACCGGGACAGAAGGCCCAAGUGUCCUUAUCGCUUACACAGGCUGUGGUUAACUUGGAUCCCGAGGAAAAAAUUCCCACUGAGCAUAUUUUGGACGUUUCUGUGGUGACUAAGCAAACGCUUGGUGUAUUCUCGCAUGUUAUGCCACUGGAGUCAAAUAAUAUAAGUAAUGCCAAAGAUAAGGAACCACAGCCUCUUAGCGAGGCGGAAAAGUUGUAUAUGGAAGGUCGCAUUGUGCAAAAGCUAGAAUGUCGGCCGAUUGCUGACAACUGCUACAUGCAAUUAAAACUUGAAUCUAUACGAAAAGCAUCAGUACCCCAACGGAAAGUCCAGCCAAUAGACAAAAUUGUACAGAACUUCAAGCCAGUUAAAGACCACGCUCACAAUAUCGAGUAUCGAGAACGAAAGAAGGCGGAAGGAAAGAAGGCGCGUGAUGAUAAAAAUUCAGUUAUGGAUAUGCUAUUUAAUGCGUUCGAAAAACAUCAGUACUACAAUAUUAAAGAUUUAGUAAAAAUAACUAAACAGCCUAUUGGCUAUCUUAAAGAAAUACUCAAAGAAGUAUGCGACUACAAUAUGAAGAAUCCUCAUAAAAAUAUGUGGGAAUUGAAGAAAGAAUACCGACAUUAUAAGACUGAAGAAAAGAAAGGUGACGAAAAAACGGGCACAGAUAGCGAUUCGGAAUGAGUGUAAACCUGAAAUAAUGCGAAGCAUGUUUAUUUUUAUAAAUAAAAAUUUACAAUCAUUUAUAUUGUAAGGCUUUAAGGCAAA